CAAGAAUGAGUGAUAAUCGUACGUGGAUGUACGCGAGAUACAAUGAUCGUACCGCAUUUGAAACGGGGCUUGAGUUUUUCCUUGAGUGGGCGUUCAAUCAAACGGCGUACACAGAUGGACAAGGUAACAUUAGGUGCCCGUGUAAGAAGUGCAAGAAUCAAGCGUAUUUAGAUGUACCUACGGUCAGAGAACAUGUUAGUAGGCGUGGAUUUGUCCUGAAUUACAAAGUUUGGGUUUGUCACGGGGAAGCACCGCUGUCUAUGCCGAGAGAACAUGCUAUAAUGAAUGAGGAUGAUGGAUUAUACAAUAACUACGAAAGGAUGGUGCAUGACCAUGCUGGACCUAGUAAUUAUCAAGAUCCUCCAAAUCUGGAGCAGCCGCCCAAUAAUGACGCUCAACAGAUUUAUAACAUGUUGGAUGCAGCGGAUACUCCAUUGUACGCAGGAUGUGACACGUACUCACAAUUAAGUUGGAUGACUCAAUUCAUGAGCAUAAAGACUGAAAGCCACAUGUCAGAGAGGACUUACAAUCAGAUGUCUUCGAUGAUGAAAGCUGCUUUACCAGAGGGUAACAACUGUCCAGAAGACUUCUAUAGUACGAAAAGAAAUCUACGUGGUUUGGGUUUGCCAGUAGAGAAGAUCGAUUGCUGUGUUAAUAACUGCAUGUUGUAUUGGGGGGAAACUAGUGAGCUACAUACUUGUAUGUUCUGUGACCAAUCACGAUAUAAGGACAGCUUGCGUGCAUCUGGGAGUCGCAGAAAGAAACAAGUGCCCGCUAAACAGAUGCACUAUUUUCCCUUGACGCCCCGAUUGCAGAGAUUGUUUGCAUCUCCUGCAACUGCUGAACAAAUGCGGUGGCAUGCGACCUCCACAGACGAUGGGAUAAUGCGCCACCCGGCCGACUCUCCGGCAUGGAAACAUUUGAAUUCAGUCUUUCCUGGAUUCGCCGAUGAGAUUAGAAAUGUGAGAUUGGGCCUCUCUACAGAUGGUUUUGCCCCAUUUGCACAAUCAGGGCGUCAAUAUUCUUCUUGGCCAGUUAUUGUCACGCCGUAUAACCUGCCUCCGUGGUUGUGCAUGAAAGAACAAUUCAUGUUCCUCACAGUCCUCGUGCCUGGCCCAUCAAACCCAAAGAUGAAGUUGGACGUAUUCUUACAGCCAUUGAUACACGAGUUAAAAUCUCUGUGGGAGGUUGGUGUGAACACUUACGACAUAUCGUUGAAGCAAAAUUUUCAGAUGCGAGCAGCUCUGAUAUGGACUAUCAGUGAUUUUCCAGCGUACGCUAUGUUGUCUGGGUGGGGUACAGCUGGGAAAUUGGCAUGUCCACAUUGCAUGGAGAAUACAGAAGCAUUCACUUUGCCGAUGAGUGGAAAACAAUCGUGGUUUGAUAAUCAUCGGAAGUUCUUACCUCCUAACCAUGUGUUUAGGAGAAACAAAACUUCAUUCUUGAGGAAUAAGACAUGCAAUGUUGGUCCACCAGAACAAAGAUCAGGAAUACAAAUCUUGAAUCAAAUCGAGGGGUUAGGCUUCGUGAAGGUUACCGAAGACUUCGAUGGCAGGAACGCUCAACUCGCCAAAUAUCAAGAUGUAGGGUGGAAAAAGAAAAGCAUAUUUUGGGAUCUACCCUAUUGGAGAUAUCUUUUGAUUCGACAUAAUCUGGAUGUCAUGCACAUUGAGAAAAAUGUGUUUGAUAACGUGUUUAAUACUGUCCUGAAUGUGAAGGGGAAGACAAAAGAUACAGAAAAAUCUAGAGAAGAAUUGAACACCUUCUGCAAGCGGAAAGAGUUGAAGAAAGUGGAUGGAACUCGAGGGUAUCUGAAAGCAUGUUAUACGCUUGACAGGGAAGAGAAGAAGAUCUUACUCCAAUGGAUCAAGAGUCUUAAGUUUCCCGAUGGGUACGUGUCAAAUAUUAGUAGAUGCGUUGACAUGAACGCCCUGAAGAUGCACAACAUGAAUGGCAUGCUGCACAUGGAUGAGCGCGAAUGGCAUGCUGCACACAUGUAUAUUUUGAGCAAUUGUGCAGAGGUUGCAGAGACAUAUAGCAAGAUCUUCAAGGAGGAAAAACGAUAUGCAAAUCCUUACAUGACUGAUGCAGAGUUUGAAGUCGCGUUUCACAACGAGUUUAUUCUGUGGUUUAACCAUUACGUUUGUCGUCCUUGUAACGACGAGUUGAACCCUUAUAUUAGGUCGCUUGCAGCUGGACCAUUAAGGGAGAUUGAAACAUACUCCGGCUAUUUCGUGAAUGGCUACAGGUUUCACACAACUGAUCAUGAUAGAGAGAGUGCGACUGUGAACAGUGGCAUUUGCAUAAAAGGUUCGGUCUAUGGUAGUGAUAGAGAUGUGCUAGACUUUUAUGGGCGUCUGCAAGAGGUUUGCGUGCUGGAGUAUCCGGGGUAUCCAAUUAAGCAGACAGUCUUGUUCAACUGUGAAUGGUUUGACUUGUCGGCUCAGGGAACUUCUAUUGAUACAGACUUCAAGUUAGUUUCACUGAACCACACACGAAGAUAUAAGAAGUAUGAUCCCUUUGUUUUGGCGAGUCAAGUAGUUCAAGUGUUUCACUGUCCCUAUCCCAGUACGAACCAAUCAAAGAAAAAUUGGUGGUCAGCAUGCAAAGUCAACGCAAGAUCUAAGGUUGAAGUGUCUACUGCAGCAUCUACAUCAACAUUAGAUCAACCAUUUCAAGAAGAAGUGGUUACUAUUAUGCCUACUCACACAAGUGUAGGCAUUGAACAACCACUUCUCCUUCAUCCCCUCGGUGGAGUCGUUGAGAUUGAAGAUGACGAUGAAGCAAAAGACGAUGAUUCCCCGUUGACAUCUAACGAUAGUGAUGAUGAUAGUAGUGAUGCUUAUGAAUAA